CCCAGGGGGGCGGCCCGGCCUCCACCAUGCCGGUCAAGAGCAGGUACAACCUGGUGGACGACGGCUGCGACUCCCGGGUCCCGCUGCACAACGAGGAAGCCUUCCGCCACGGCAUCCACUUCCAGGCCAAGUACAUCGGUAGUCUGGAUGUGCCAAGGCCCAACAGCCGAGUGGAGAUUGUGGCAGCGAUGAGGAGGAUUCGGUAUGAAUUCAAGGCGAAGAACAUCAAGAAGAGGAAUGUGAGCAUUGUGGUGUCAGUGGAUGGAGUGAAGGUGAUCCUGAGGAAAAAGCCAAAGCGGAAAGAAUGGGGCUGGGAUGAAAGCAAGAUGCUGGUGAUGCAUGACCCCGUGUACAGAAUCUUCUACGUGUCCCAUGACUCCCAGGACCUCAAGAUCUUCAGCUACAUUGCAAGGGACGGGGCCAACGACGCCUUCCGGUGUAAUGUCUUCAAAUCCAAGAAGAAGAGUCAGGCCAUGAGAGCAGUGCGGACGGUGGGCCAGGCCUUCGAGGUGUGCCACAAGCUGAGCCUGCAGCACGCGCUCCAGAACGCCGACGGGCAGGCCGACGGGGCCAGCGACAAGUCGGCAGAGGAGCCUCAAGCCAAAGUAGGACACCGCCAGAAAGCAGGGAAGCUGGACCCCACGGAGGAGGUGGAAGAGGACUCGGUCAGCAUGUGCCCAACAGAGCGGAGCCUCCUUGCCCGGCUGGCAGCCCUGGCAGACUCGGCAUCAGUGCCCGCUGCGAGCGAUCGGCGUGGGCAGGACGUUGAAAACAGCUCCAUGUGCCCCUCUGGGUCCCAACAGCUGCUGACUCCCACCAGCCCCUGCUCCUCCUCUUCUUCUUCCUGCCUGCUCUCCCCUCUGCUGUCCCGGCAUUGCCUACAGCUCCUCCAACACCAGCUCCUCCAGCAGCAGCAGCAGACCCAAGUCGCGGUGGCCCAGGUGCAACUCUUAAAGGACCAGCUGGCGGCCGAGACAGCCGCCCGCAUGGAGGCCCAGGCCAGGGUCCGGCAGCUGCUCCUGACUAACGAGGACCUCCUGCAGCAUGUGGCCCUGCUGGUUAAGCAGCUGAAGGAGCUGGAGGUCCGAGUGCAGCACCCACUCAGUGUCUCCCGCUCGCUACAGAACCUGGGCCCGCCUCUGACCCUCAACCUGAAGAACGAGUUCAGCCUGGAAGCUGGCCUAUCCUGCUCUCCGACCCCCACCCACGGCCUCGCCAGCCCCCCUGGAUCCCAAUCCCCUCCCCUGACCAGCCCCAGAGCACCCUACCCAAACCGUGCAAGCUGGGGCAUCCGGAAUGGAGGCGAAGGGCACCGUGGCCUCAAUCGCAGGGUGGAGGGCUCAGAAGAGAGCCAUCCUUCGGAGGCUGGACUCCGGGGCAGGGGCCGCCCACACCUCAGCCCCAACCAGGACAGGGCCCCGUUGCUUCCCAUCCCCAAGCUGAACCCCCCGCCGCCCACCCGGAAGAAGCGGCCUGCCAAGGCCUCAACCAGCCCCGAGACGGAACCGGUCUUCAGCCCCAUCCGCCUGUCCCUGCCUGGAUCCGGCGACCGGCCCUCAGGCCCUGAGCAGGAGCAUCUGGUCCACCGGCAGAGCCCAAGGUGGGCCAGCCCUACCCACGGUGGGGUCCUGGGCUCAGACAGCGAUGACGAGUCAGAGGCCCUGUGGAGCCCAAGGGAGGGGACAACCCCUGGGGGUGGCUGGCUGGACCGCACGCUCCUACCCAUCCUGGCUGCAGCGGACGACACAAGUCUCCACAUCAGCUUCUCUGAGGACGAGCUGGACUCUGAGGACACGAGCCAGGGACGAGAGAAGGACUAGUCUGGCUGGCCCACAGUGCCCCGUAGGUAGAGUUUCUUACCAAGGCCCUAGCUGCGGCAGCCUCCCGAACCCCAGGGCCAGCUGCUGGACCCCCUGCCCGGGGAUAACAGGAUGACGGGAGUCCCUGGGAGGCUGCCGGGUGGACCUGAGACUCACUGAUUUGUCACCCUGAAGCGGCAGUACCAGCCCAGCCUAAGACGCGGGUUGCUUCUUGUGUUGCCGACUUGCCGUCUGGAAACUUCGCCUUGAGGAGAAGAGCCAAGUGGGGUCCUCAGGCCUUUACCCAGCCCACGUCACCCGGGAAUGGGGUUGUCGGGUGGCCACGCUGGCUGACAGCCAGAAUGUGGGUCAGGAAGAAAGAAUGGUGAGAGCCCAGCUGUCCAUGGUGGGAGACCAGGGACCAGAUUCCAAUAGGCAGUAGGGCUGAGGGAGGGACGAUGCAUUCCCCUCCCCACCCCAACUCAGCUGGCUGCCUGGGGGCUGGGUGGGGAGGGGAGGGCAGAAGCAAGGAGGUGCUGGAUUCGGGAUGUGUUGAGAGUGAGAGAGAUGAUCUGGGGAGAGCCAGCACCAUUCCCUGAUUGGCUUCCUGUUCUCCACUCCCUCUCCCACUCUAGUGCACUUCUUAAAUUCUACAGGUAUUUUAUUGUGUGCAGGACAGAGGGCCAGGCAGCAGGGAUGGUGACUGGGCCAAGAGAGCCCUUCAAUGACCUGGGCCUUACCGAUGGCCUGCUGCCUGUCUGGUUAUCCAAGCCACAGAUGGAGCUGGGCCCGGUUGCAUCCUGGAUGCAGCUCUGGAGUUGGGAAGUUCCCCCUUCUUCCUUCCCUCUAUCUAUUCCUCCCCAUCCAGAGCUGGACUAGGUGAAGGUGGAUGAAGCUUGGCUAUUAUAGGUUCAUUUCUCAGGGUGCCGUCAGUGUCGCCCUAACCUCCUGUGAGGGACUCAGGCAGGGGCCUGCGUGCCUCCUGCCUUCCUCUGUUCAAGGCAGAGAGGUGAUUUCAGUCUGGGGCUCCUGGGCUGAAACCUCCUUUCUCUAGGUGACAGGAACGGCUGAGCCUAGCAGCACCCCCACCCUCAUUAGGAAGCCCACUCAUUCCAGAGAAAGACCUUCAGUACUCAGCAUGCGCACAAUCCAAAUCCUCUGAACCCACUCAUCACCUGUGAUAAUGCCCAAUAUGUGUCUUUCCCCGCUUAGGCCUGAGCCCCGGCCUGGCUGAGAUGGGAAGGUUAGAAGGAUAAAGAGAGAAUAUCUGUUCUCAAAGAGCUGAGUGAGAGAGAGAGAAACAGAGAGAGAGCCCAAACAGGAACCCUGUAGCGGGCACUGCAGAGAGGGACACAGGAAAGAGAAGACAGAGUUACUGCCCUGGGAGUCUGACUGCCCAAUGAGAGAGACAGGAUGGUAUGGAGCCAGUAUAGCAGGACAACAGAAACAUACUUUUCUAAAGCGAGCUCUAAGUCCCAAGGAGUUUGUGGAGUAAUGACAACCAGGGGAAAGACUUACCAGAGGAAGAAGACUGGGGUUAGAGGGCAGUGCUUCGAAGUGGGGUUUGGUAGAAUGUAGCAAAAAGGACAUCGGGUGUGGGGGAGAAAUGUUUGUGGGGAGAGCCAAGAGCUGGGAAUAAGGAGCCGGUUGGUAUGGCGGGAGCAGCCGAGGAGGGUUGUGCAGAGAGACUAAGGGGUGGUGGGUGAAGAUCAUCCCUUGUGAGACAUAGGGAGAUGCCUGUUCCAGUUACUGAACAACUGGAACAGUACCUGCCUGCCUGUCAUGGAAGGCAGGGGGCUGGACCUGGGUUGCCGGGGGUUAGGGGAGCUGGAAAUGUUGGCAGGGAGGGGAACAGGCAUCGUCACCCCUUCUGGUCACCCUCCCAGCUCUCUAGGAAAGAUUCUGGCUGCCCUGACCCUAACCGUGGUUUCUCUCCAGGAGAAACCAAACUGUGAGGAUGUUUCUCCCUGGAGGGAAGUAGAAGAAUUAACUACGGCAUGUUCCCUGAUUGAUUUGAUCAUACUAACCAGCGAGCGUUAGGGGAGAACUUAGUAAAUUGGGCAAAAGAACAGAAGGAAUGGUGGAGUUAGGUGCCUGGGAAAAGACAGGAGCUUUCGGUGUUUUGUUUUUUCACUUCUGUAUCUAUACACGAGCCCCAGUGUGAGCCGCUGCCCAAGACAAAUCGCCUUCAAGAUCAGAGGUCGACCAGCAGGGCAGAAAAGACCCACGUGUGUCUGGGCAGGGGUGGGGAAUUGAGUGGGGCCUGGGUCUCCCAGGAUGGGGUGGGUGUUCUUGCAGAGCCUUUGGCUAAAGAACUAAUGGCAACUCCAAGUUCUCUUUCCUGAACCGUGAGUGACAGCCCUGAGUCCAUCAUCGGGGAGUUGUAUUUUGGAUCAUUUUCCCCUGGGUGCAUGACACUGCAUUUGCUCCCGUUGGAGUUCGUGUCGCUUUUUAGCUGCGUGAGGGGUUUCUGGAGUUUAUCCCUACCUUCUUGGCUUUCACCACCAGGUGCCAUUUCCUGUCACCCUCAUUCAUUCGAUAAUAUUUAUUGAGCAGCUGUGGUGUGCAAAGUCCUGAACUAGGUGCUAGGGAAGAAGGCAACAAAGGGGAGCAGCGUAGCUAAGUGGAAAGCCCCCAGGCCUGAGAGUCAGAGGACCUGGGUUCUAAUCCCUGCUCCCCCAUUUGCCUGCUGGGUGAC